AUGAGCACCGAUACCCUCGAAGACACCCAGACAACACCUCUUAACUCCGGGGCAUUGAAUCAACAGCAGAUUACAGCUACCGACCUCCCCCAAGAACACUUGCGGCAGACGGGACGAACGGCCAAUGGAGCUGUAAACACCAAUGCUCUUUCCCACGAAAUUGGCCUGGUAUCUCUGGGCACGAACCUUGACUCGCGCUAUAUCGGCCCCUCAAGCGGAUAUUUUCUCGCGCGCGUCAUGCUCACCAGCAAAUCCCGAGCUGCUUCACCCCCUACCCGCGAUCCGAAUUUCUCUAUUAGACUCGUGGAAGCUGCCCACGGGUCCCUUGGUCUUCCGCGAAAAGAAAUGGCCGAGGAGUUAUGCGACGCAUUCUUCGAGCUCGUCCAUCCGCAGUACCCGGUCUUGCAUCGGCCGACAUUCAUCGCCACGCUGAACAAACUCUAUGAGCAAGGAGACCAGGAUCCCGUGUCAUCUUUUCAGGUUUACAUGGUCCUGGCCAUCUCGUGUCGCCUCAAGUCGGGUCUCCCCGGAGAGUCGUACUGCAUGUCGGCGCUGAAGUACUUUGAUCGCCUCAACGUCGAAAACUCCCUUCAAGGCCUGCAGUGCCUGAUCCUCCUGACGUUGUUUGCUAUGCACAGUCCAAGCGUCCGGCUCAAUGUGUGGUACCUCAACUACCAGUGCAUCGCGGCCGUUCUAGAUCUCGGACUCCAGCGGGACAUCACCACCCGUUCUGGGAUAUCGUUGUUAGAGCAAGAGAUGAGGACAAGGAUAUUCUGGGUGGUCUUCACUCUGGACAGGACCAUUGCAACGAUGAUGGGACGCCCCAUUGGUCUUCGGGACGAGGCGUGCGAAUUGAGGUUGCCCGAAGGACUGGAUGACGCAUCUCUUAUGUCGACUAGCAACGCACAGCAUUCGACCUCAGAUUCACCAUAUAACCCAAUCGCUUAUUCUGUCCACCUCUUCCGACUUGCUCGAAUCAACUCAGAGAUCAAGUACGUCGCCAACAGCAUCGUUCGCCACGCCCCCGCGUACGCUUACCCUGCGGUCAUCAACAUUUACGAAUGGCAAAGGGGUGUCCUUCAGCAGCUGGAUCAAUGGGCUAACGAGAUCCCGGUGGGCGACGAGACCCAAGCCCUUCACAUGAAGCUUAUCUGCCGACAGCGCUAUCACUCAUUGCGGAUGGUACUCCUGCGACCGAGUCCUGCUAUCCCCAAGCCUACCAACGAGGCGUUGGAGCAGUGCUACCACAGCGCUCAGGAGUGCAUUCGCACGUUCGACAAAUUAUACCGUAGUAAUCUGCUGGUAUACAGCUGGACGACAUUCUAUUCACUCGCGCUAAGCACAUUGACUCUCUUCUACUGCAUCAAGACGGUAGCAAAGAUUGCACAGGACACGGACGUUCCGACCCUCAUGUCCGACCUCAGUAUCAGCUCAAGCAUACUGAGUGCGACAGGUGAACAUUGGUCGGGCGCCAAGCGUUGUCGCGAUAUUCUGGACGACCUGGGUCGAUCGACAGUGCGACAACUGUUCGAGUCCAGCCGUCAGCCCGUGUCACCAGAGGCGCAACGUCGACGAACCAGGAGCACAGUCGUUGCAGACCAGAGGAACCCUUCGACGAGCUUGUUAAGCGACAACGAUACGGUUACUCCGGCGUUGAUGGAUGUUCAUCCAGAGACAGAGGGAGCAUUUGAGGUACCGCUAAACCUCUUUGACGACUUUCUCAGUACGGUUUCAUUUGCAGACUACCUGAGUGGGAACGAAGCAAACGUGGACGUGAUGAUGCAGAGUCUCUUUGAUGACUUCGGCUCGGCUGAAUCCAAUUUUGGCUAA